UGGUACAGGGUGCUGGUUUUGUGUGUGUUGUGUGGGUCAGCUUAGUUGCUUUAGUUCCUUGACUUAUGUGGCUGCACAGGUGAUAUGCUCAGAGCUUUCCAUGCGGCUUUACAGAAUUCUCCUGUCAACACAAAGAACCAUGCAGCAAAGGUAAGUUGAAUCCUGGAGAAAGUCAUUGUUGUGAUAAUCAGAAAUCCUUAGAAUCUGGAGACCUUCUGGUUACAAACACUAGAAUGUAAGUGCCUGUCUCUCUAACUGCUCACCAGUGCUUGGCUGGGGGCACCCCAUUUUUUGCAUUGCUCUUUUAAAAAAAAACCACAAGCCAUCAAAAAUGUAUUACAUAAACAAAUUCCACAUUGCCUUGAAGAGGAAGAACAAGAGUCAUCUUAAAUCCUUCAAGAACAUCUUUCCAGAGAUUCUGUUACAGUUAUGCUUAGUUGUGGUAGUGUAAGUAAUGAAGCUACUCCGUAUAUCUUCAUAAAUGCCAUCUUCCACCACUUCCUGAUGCCACAGCUCCAACAUAUUGGGGGCAUGGUUCUUCCCAAUGUCCUGCAACUACCAGGGCUUUUUUUUCAGCCAGACCUCACCAGAACUCAGUUCUGGCACCUCUCAGGUGGGUACUAUUGCCAUUAUAUGUUCAUGGUGAGUUCCAGCCCCUUUUUUGCUACAAAAAUAGCAGUGGCUACCACUGAUAUAACAGCAGUCAACCAAAAGCUCACCAAGCUAAGGGUAUAUUUUCUGACAGAGUAGGUUCUGAGCAUUCCUCCUUUAAUCAACAUUUAUUAGUCAUUAAUCACCAUUACUAGGUAUCAUAAAAUGUAAAAGAUAGUACUGUGAUACAGUACUGUUGAACAAUCUUAUAAAACACAGGGGUUCCUCAAUGACAAGGGAGAUGCACUCUGUACAUGCCCUUGUGCUUUAUUUCUGAGGUUCAUAGUUCCUAAUUAAAUCUUCCAAGCUCUACCUCCUAAACUUCUUUUCCACCCCUCCGCCUUUUUUUUUUAUCUCUAGAUCUUCAUUCACUGCCCUAUUGACCCCAUAAGGUCAAUAGUGACCCCUUUGGGAAAGACUGAUCUAGUGUGUUUUUGGUAAUAUGAAAAGACUUGUUUCUGGAUCCUGUCUUUGCUGUUAAGUGAUUUCCUGGGAAACAGCUGGUGUCAGUUGGGUUGUAUUUGCCGUCUUAUUCUUCUCUUGUUGCCUGUCUCUCCAGGAGCGGGCCCAGGAAGUGGUGCUGAAGGUUCUGACCUCCUUUAGAGGCAGCGAGAUUGAGCAGGCUGUGAACUCCUUAGACAGCAACGGCAUUGACUUGUUAAUGAAGUACAUUUAUAAAGGAUUUGAAAAGCCAACAGAAAAUAGCAGUGCAAUACUACUCCAGUGGCAUGAAAAGGUAGGUGAUUUCUCCCCCAGCUUGGAGGUCCUAAUCCAUGUGGUUCAGCAGGUCAGGUCUAUUUUUGAAGGGCCAGUGACCUGACACUGCCCACCUGUACAAAACACUCUUGCCUGCAAGAGGAUGAGGAUUGGGGCGAGGCAGGGGAGGGGCUCUUGAGAAGUGUAAUCUAUGGAGGGAUGAAAAUGCAACAUACAAAAUUAGAGUUGAUGGCAAGAAAGACAUAAAUGUUGUACCAGCCUUUCUGUUAGUGACUUUUCCAGGGUUGGCAGUGCAGCGAUACUCAAUACUUGCCUCUCAAGAGGUGCAGAUGUACCAGUGGGCGGGUUGGGGACGGACGACUUUUGUGUUCUCAUGACAACAUAAAACCUGUUUCUGCUUGCUUUUGUUUCCAAUGGAAACGACAGCUUAUGCCCAAAGUGGGCUGAUGUGGCGGGGAUGGGGAGUGUGGAGUUUGUGAAAUCAGAUAGCUUAGAAAGACGAGUUUCUGUGUGGCCUGCUAGGCUCAGAGCAGCAAGGUGUUUCCAAGAGAGGUUUGGUACAGUGCCUGGCUUGGACUCCAUUGUUUGCACCACUCCACAGGGAUGUAAGUGCAAAGAAAAGAAGCCUGCCUUGUGCUGCGGUUUCUCACAGCUUCCAAGAGCAAAUUCAGUCACCUGAGGGUCAGAAGCUGCACCUGCCCAAAGCCAUUACAACUGUAGGGUUAUGGAGGCUAGCCUUGCUUAUGGUUUCCCCAUCCCAUGUGCACAGAAGACUCAGAAUGAAGACUAGCAGAAGCUCCCAUCCUCAGCUAUUCAAGCACAGCAUUCUCCCUAUCUUAUUGCCUGGCUUGGCUGGGGUAAAGGGAUUCAUAGAGCCAAAGGGCUAACAAUAGGGGGGAAUCAGUGAACUCCACAUAAAAAAGCAACAGUAAAGUCAGCAGAAAACUGAUGGGUUCUUUUCUCCCUCGCCCCACCUCAAAAAAGAAAAGAAAAAAGAAAUAGCAGGAGAGAUUGAUACAGCCUGGUUACUCAGCCCAUAAAAUUAACUGGUCUUACAUGAAGAGGUGGUGGACCUUUUGUAGAGGUUCUGCAGAUUGGGUGAGCACAAAUGCUUAUCACUCACUGCCUCAUUUGCUGGGGUGGACUUGAAUUGGCCCAUAAACUAACUUUUCUUUCUCUUUCUAUCGCAGGCAUUAGCAGUAGGUGGCCUAGGCUCCAUAGUCAGAGUCCUGACUGCACGAAAAACUGUUUAAAAGACUUUAUGUUCUCUGGAAUUGACACCAAGAACUCUGUUGGAGUCAGGAAGAAGUACUGGCUACACCGAUACUUUGGUCCACUCUUCUAGGAACCACAAUCUACUGAAAUACUGUGUGUGUAUGUGGCAGGCGGGGGUGUCCCUCCUUCCUCUCUUGGAACAGUGUCCUUUAACAGAGGUGGUGGUGGUGGGGCAGUUUUAUGUAUUCUUGUUUUCUGACUAUCAAGGCAGGAGCUGGGAGGGGAGUCUGUGUUGUGAAGGGAAGUGGGGGCAGCCCGUUUGUGUGCAAGCACCUGCUUCCAGAACAGCUACUGCUCUAGCCAAGUGUGUGUGGGUGAGUGAGACAUUAAUUUAAAUUUAACAAUUAUUUGGGAUUUUGGGAUGGGGCGGGGUGGGGAGCUGUUAUGUCAGAUGCAAAAUGAGAAUACCUUGUUUUGGGGGUUGGAAAAGGGUUUUAUUAUGCAAGAGAGCUUUUUGUACAUAGUUGAGACUAAGUGGGCUGAGUAUGAAGUUGGUUUCAUGUAAAGUGCCUGCUGCUCUUUCAAAAUAAAGUUCUUGGAUGGUUAGAAUAAUUAGCAAUGGAUUUUAAUGGGAGUGGGCUGCACCCUCUUCUGCCUAUACAUCCAAACACAUACAUUAUGCACACCCACACACAU